GUGACUGCGACUUUGACGAAUUCAACAUAUAAAAAUGAUUAACAACGGUCAUCGUUAUGUUCAAACCCAAUGUGUGAAUCCGCACUGUUUGGAUAAACUGAAGGCUCAGAAGGGAUGCCUCGAGCUGCAGGACGUUCAUUAUAUUGACCAACGAAACAAAGAGCAUCGAAGUAGGUUCUGGCAUACUCUUCUCGACCCGAUGUGAGAGGAGCGCAUGGUCAGCGCUCUGAUACACAACACUGGGAGGCAAGACCAAGGACCAAGGUAUUUGCGAUGCUGCAAUUCUCAAGCGGUGCGUUGCUUAAGGUGAUCGGCUGAGCAUGUCCAUUGUCCAAAGUGAAAAGUGGGAUCGCUGAUUGGAUUGUCGGAAACAUAAAAAGGAUAUUUCAACUCCGCGAGUAUAUUGGACUUGGACCUCAUCGAUUCAUCAACGAUGCUGCACGAACUGCCUACGGAGAUCGCUCUCUACAUAGCAUCCUAUCUCACAUUACAAUCUCUCCGCAACGUCUCGCUCGUGUCCAGAAAAUGGCACUGUAUAAUCACAGACAAUAUCCAGGCAGUUUACCGUAACGCAGCCAUCUUACAUCGCUUCGUCCUCUAUGCCGAUCUUCAGGCUGAUUCUUCUGGUCAAACAUCAGAUACAAAGAAAAUAGACUGGUGGCAACUCUGUCAAAGACGAUCGCAGAUCGAGAGGGGUUGGCGAGGCAAGGCUCCGUUCAUCGCGAGAGAACUAAAUUCUACUGGCAAAUUCGUGCACCGAAUAAAGGUCGACCAGAAGGAGAAAAUCGUGAUGACCACCCGCCACACUGGAGGCCUCUCUGUGACUGAUUAUAAUACUGAUCGCGUACUUUGGGCAACACCUCACGUAGUUGAUUACGCUCACUGCGAAUAUGAUCAUGGCUACAUCAUCUUCAACAGUCAAGACAAUAGCAAGGAAGUAUGGCGCUACGCCCGUGACUUCCAAGAUUCUGAGAUCCCAGACGACUUCAAGCCUGACGAUUCCAUGGUCGAAGCAUCGCGCCACGCCGCUCAGCGUCAUGCCUCCCCAACAAGUCGUGGCCAUUUCAGACCGUGGGCUCUCCUCCACAUGCCGGAGUCCACACGUGCAUUCCGCUUCUCGUACCCGACGCUGCUUUCGGCUGGCGCGAAUAACGCCUAUUUGUGGGACGUGCCGACUUCUUGUCUUGUUGAGACGAUCACCAAUAUUCAGGCGCCCAAUCCAGAUGGGAUACUAGGGUCCAUCACCUACGUUGAAGUCAAUGACCAAUACGCUUUCUUCUGCGGGUCCAAUCAACUACGCAUUUUUGCAAGAGGUGGUGGUGCUUUGGUCUAUCACCUGUGCAUGAAAGAUUUGCAGCGCAUCAGCUGGGAUGUGCUUCCAGAUCACAGCGUUGACCCGUGCCCUUCAUCAUUCUUCCAGGCCCAACGACUUCACGAAGCAUAUCACGUCUCUUCCACAUCUCGGAGCAACUUUGUUGCGGCCCAUGUAUCCUCCUCGGGUAAGGACCUCGCAGUCCUGACCGCAUCAGGGAUCUUCAUUUGGAUCCCGGGCUUUGAACGACUCUUCCAUCGCGAGGUCAUGCUUGACGACAUAGCAACCCUGCUCAAUUUCAACGCCUCCCGAGACAACGUCCGAGACAUAUCCGUCUAUCUAGCCCUCGGAGAAUCAAAUGAAAAAGCUGCGAUCGCAACCCGCAAGGGUCUGUUUAUCGUAUCCCUAGACCCUGAAAUCAGCAAGUUAACUGCGGAGGCGCCUCCUCGCCCUGGCCUAUCCGUAUGUCAAGUAGCAAAAUACGACCACAGCCGAUACCUAUCCUUCAUCUCAUGUCUGCAGAUGACAGAUACCGGGAUAUUUUUCAACUGGUACCCGUCUUCAGAGCAAAACAAGGCCUCUCAGCCUGCACGGCGCAUGAUGGUGAUCCCGCCUCCGCCUCAGCACGGGGAUCUUCAGGUGCCUAUUCAGCUUGUGCCGUCGCCUCAACCUCAACCUCAGCAUACGAAUCAAGAUGAGGCACCUGUUCAGGCUGUGCCGACUUUUGGCGCGGAGGGGCAGGGUGGUUAUCUUCCUGGCCUUGAACCUAUCGAAUCUAGUGAUGAUGAGGUUGGGGAAGACGCAGUUCCUGAUCCUCCUUCCCCCAUUAACGUCGAGGAAGCUGGUCCUCCUCCACUGGCCGAAAUGCACGAAGAGGACGAGGAGUGCGAGAUCGACGGAGGGAAUAUUAUGGUGGAGGAAGACGCAGAUGAUUCUGAGAUAGAGGACGUGGAGGAUGAGAUGGAUGAUGACUUUCAGUUCGGUGGUGAUGGUAUUAUGCAGGUUAUCGUGAAUGAUUGGUUCCUUCCUAUUAACUCGAGCACGGUGCAUUACAUACAUGUUUGAACUUGUCUAUCAAUGUGUUUUUACAGAAUGUAAGGUAGUACAUUUAAUUUCAUGAAUGAUAU